UGUCCCGCUUCCGAGUCGCGCGGACUUGUUUUUUCUUUGUUUCUUAGAAUUCCUGAGGAAUCGUGAGUGAGUGACACUUACGGAGUGCCAAACUUUUGGAACAAUUCGCACUAAAGAAUCGAUCAAUCGGAUCGGCCGCGCGAGCGAGCACUACGAUGGCGUAAGCGUGAAAUGUUUACGCGUUCUCGCCUUUGAAUCUUUCAAGCCGGCGCUGUUUCAUGUCGCUUUCGUGCUUGGCUUUGCAGGCACGAAGCACGGAUGCAUAAAGCCCGGUAAUCGCCCCUCAAUUGCCCAUCAAUCGCUCCCAAUCGCUCUUACCUGGGUCUUCUUCUCUUCGCUUCGAAUUUGCCCCUUUUGCUUUGAGCUGGGAUUCUGCUAGAGAUCAUCAGGAAAUUGUCAUGGCUUUUCGCUCGUCCUUGAUCGUCGUUCCAGCCCUUCUGGUCGUGCAGGCGAUUGGAAUGGCGAUGGCGCAAUCCGCCGAUGCUCCAGCACCGCCCCCAGAUUCCGGUGCCAUGGCUUUCGCCCCAAGUCUAAUUUGGAUCGCAGCGUCUGGCCUCGCGUCGAUGUUCAUCGCCAGAACGCUCCAUCUGUGAAGAAAUUUGUACGAUUCUAUGAUUCUUUUUCGCCGUUCUUGAAAUAAAUUGCCACUAUAGGGCAAAACAUUUUUACCCUUUGAUGCGAAUUUGCCCGAAUCUGCGAAUAUUUGUUUAGGGUUCUUGGCGGAGAUGGUGGACAUGGCGGCCUUCGGCGAGGAAGGCUUCGAUCCCAAGGCGUGGGUGAACGCUGCUUGCAGGGCGCGGCACCCCGACGAGGACGCGGAGCGGCAGCUGAGCGAUCUCGAGAUGAAGCUGCAGCUGGCGUCGGAGGAUAUUGCGGCCGCAUUGGAGGAUCAGAGCACGGCAGCGCUGCUGCGCAUACCUAGGGCUCUCAGGGACGUGUCGCGGCUCCACGAUGACGCUCUCUCGCUCAGAUCCACCGUGUCGGGAAUGCUCCUCAAGCUCCGAACGGCAGAGAGCCUAUCGGCUGGAUCCGUGGCUGCGCUCUCUCGAGUGGAUCUUGUCAAGCAGAGAAUGGAGGCUGCUCACAAAACUUUGAAGGAUGCCGCAGGCCUGGCUCAACUCUGUGCGAGUGUAGAGACUGUCUUUGCCAGUGGGAAUUUGGAUGAGGCAGCAGGAACACUCGCAAACAUGCGUCGAUGCUUGGCUGUUGUUGGCGAGGUUCCGGAAUUCGCAAGUGUAAAGCGUGAGCUUGAAGCGCUGGAAAAUCGGCUGGAUGGAAUGGUUCAAACGCGUCUUACUGAUGCUCUUACUCAACGCAAGGUGGAAUCGGUUCAAGCUUUCCGAGCUAUACUGCUAACUAUCGGGCGCUACAAUUCGCUAGAACAGCAGUACAGUAAGGUUCGAUUGAAGCCAUUACGUCGACUCUGGGACGAAUACGAGAGUUCAACUGACGGUGUCGGAAGUGGCAAGCCUUUUAUAGAGUGGCUUCCUACUUUUUACGAUCAAGUUUUGCUUACGUUAGAGCAGGAAUUGAAAUGGUGUAUGACUUGCUUUUCGGAGGACUACAGCCGUUUAAUCUCGAAAUUGUUGAUAGAUACUAUGUCCUCUAUACAGACCAGCUUUACUGCUCGUAUCGAGGCCAGCAUCACACCAGGUUUACAUUGCUGUAUUUUUUGUACUUUUAUCUUAGAGAGCUGAAAGCCGGUCUUCGUUGCAGCGCAAACAUUACAAAGGCCGCCUUUAAACAUCAUUUUGAUGCUUCAUAAUAUCACAUCUUCAUUUGCAAAGAAUGUAGAGCGCCUGUUCUCAGCUGCCGACCAUCAAGAGAUGAUGCGAGUCUUGAAAGCUGUAUAUUCUCCUUAUGAAGGUUACAAGCAAAGGUAUGGAGAGUUGGAACGGGUGCAGCUAUCCUCAAAUCUUAGUUCUCUGGACUUGAAAGGUGCUGUUCAGCGAUCUGUUGGCUCUCGUGGAGUGGAACUUAGCGAGACAGUGCAACGAAUGGAAUCUUCAGUUCCAGAGCUCAUCACCUUUUUCGAGAGUGCGGUUGAGCGAUGUUUCAACUUUACUGGGGGUUCUGAGGUUGAGGCGCUCCUUCGCGCGUUAGAUGAAACUAUGAUCCAGUACACUUCCAGCUUGCAUGAAGUUCUCAAGUCGUUGCGACCGGUCUGUGGGGUUUCACAGGUUUUCGACUCUACAAAAAAGGAUUCUCUUGACGGAAGCAGUAACAAGGGCAAAGGAAAUCAGGACAUGAUUCCCGAAGAAGAAGAAUGGGUGAUAGUUCAAGGAGUGCUGCAGCUAUUGACCGUUGCGGAAAGUCUCAGUGGUCGACUAUCUGUCUUCGAGGCAAGCUUACGUGGAACACUUUCAAGGCUUAAGAAUCAGUUGCCUGGAAGCAGAGAAGACGGUGCCAAUGCGUUGCUGGAUAUAGCCGGCCUGAGAGUAUUGGAUGCGCCAGAUAAAGCACGAAAGCUUGCAUCACUCGUGGAACAGGCGACCGACCCUCGUUUCCAUGCUCUUGCUCAUGCAUCCCAGAGAGUUGGAGCUUUUGUAGACGCGGCGAAUGAGCUCGUCUACGAAGUUCUCAUUUCUAAGGUGCGAGUAAGGCUGGCCGACGUGGCCAGUAUGCCUGUGUGGAGUGCUCCGCAGGAAGACAACCCGUACGCCUUGCCAUCUUUCAGCGCGUAUCCACUGCCUUACGUGACUAGCAUCGGAGAGUACCUUCUCACGCUCCCGCAGCAGCUAGAACCAUUAACUUCAUCGAUGACAACCUCUGAUACAUCGGACGAUAUCGAUGAAGAAGGCCAAUACUUUGCGACAGAGUGGAUGUUCAAGGUGGCUGAGGGAGCGACUGCUCUGUACGUGGACCAGAUCCGUGGUAUUCGCAAUCUGAACGAGCGAGGAGCUCAACAGUUAUCUGCGGACAUCGACUAUCUCUGCAAUGUCCUGACAGCUCUGUCUAUGAACGUUCCUGCUGUGUUGUCCACAUUCCAGCAAUGUGUAGGUGCAACCCGCGAUCAGCUCGCAGAAUUUGCUAAAGGCGUUGGCCCAGACUUGGAUGGUCCAACUGUUCGUCUGGUGUGUAAGAUGCGCCAAGUUCCGGUAGAGUAAGCCUUUCAUGCUAAAAAAACUAUAUUUUUUCUUUAUGAAGUUGAGCUUUACUCACCUUCUACUUUGGUGAGACUGCGA